CCGCCCGCUAGAAACAUGGCGGCGCUGCCCGUAACCAAGAUGGCGGCGGCGGGGCGCGAGGCGACGUGGGCGGGACGCCGAGCGGCGCGAGGGCGUGACGUCACGCGGGCCAGGAGGGCGAUGCUGGCGGCGGAGGUGGCGGGGCGCGCGCGAGCGCUCGUGGGGCGGGCGGGGCCGCGCGCCAUGGUGGCCGGCCUGGGCAACUAUGGGCUGCGAGGCACACGGCACAGUGUGGGCAUGGAGGUGCUGGACCAGCUGGCCCGGCAGCUGGCGGUGGCCGAGGGCUGGCGAGUGGACAAGCGGUGCUGUGCUGAUGUGGCCCUGGCCACAGCCCACGGCCUGGAGCUGCUGCUGCUGAAGCCACGGAGGUUCAUGAACCUCAACGGUCUCAGCGUCGCCAGUGCUGCUGAGAUCUAUAGCCUUGGCCCUCAAGACAUUUACCUGGUUCACGACGACCUGGACAAGGCCCUGGGCAAGGUGGCCAUCAAGCUGGGAGGCAGUGCAAGGGGACACAACGGGGUCCAGUCCUGCAUCAGUGCUCUGCAGUCCAACGAGAUGACCCGGCUCAGGAUCGGCAUUGGGCGGCCAGAGGGUGAUGUGACAGUGCCCGACUAUGUCCUGUCCCUGUUCAGUGCUGGGGAGCGGGAGAAGCUGGAGCAGAUCCUGGCCCAGGCAGUGACCUGCCUGCUGGAGCACAUCCAGAGCCGAGCACCUACAGAGCCAGGGGACAGGGGCUGACACAAACCCACGGGGACCCUGGUGGCUGAUGGACAGGGUGCUGCAGGCACUCCGGAGUGACCGUGGUGCGGAGCAGAGCUGGCCCAGCCCAGCAGUGUGCUUGGGAGCUGGGGCAGCCUCCUUCCAUCCCCACACCAAUCCAGGCAGCUCGUGUCCUGCUUGAAUCCCUGCAGGGGCUCCAUUCUGUGCCAAAGUGCCAUCCUCAGUUUGGCACAGAAAUUAAAUAAACCCUCACCCUAACUCUG